AUGCCAAUAUAAUAAUAAUAAUAAAAUCAAUAAUCUAAUUUAAUAUAAAUAUUAUAACGCCAAUCUGUCACUAACCGUAUUUCCUUACCCGAAAUGUACAUUGGAGAUGAAGGUGCAUUUGAAUUAUCUGCUUUUCUAAAAACUCAAAAUUAAAUAAAUAUAAUAGAUUUGAAAGGAAAUAAUAUAUCUGCAAUAGGUUUUGCUUAAAUAUUUAAUUCAUUAAGGAAUAAUUUCUAAUUAAAAUCUUUAAAUGUAGAAUGGAAUAAACUAGGACUUCCUGAUUUGUCAGGUUUAGAAUCUUUAUAUGCUUUAUUAGUGAAUAAUAGAUCUAUAAGUCAUUUAGAUUUAAAAAAUAAUAAAAUAAAUGCAACAGGAGCGCAUAUCAUAUCUAAUAUUAUAAGAAACAAUUAAACUUUAAUUUCUUUAGAUUUAAGGCAUAUUACUAUAAUUUAUAUAUAUAUAUAUAUAUAUAUAUAUAUAUAUAUAUAUAUAUAUAUAUAUAUAUAUAUUUAAAAAAAAAGAUGGAAUGAAAUAGGAAAUAAUGGUGGAAGAGCUAUUUUAUCAGCUAUAUAGGACAAUCCAAAUAUAGUAAAUAUUGAAUUAUCAGGAAACGGAAUAUCUGAAGAUCUUCAUAAAUAAAUAUAAUAUAUAUUAAAUAAUAAUUAAGAAGGAGGAGUUUAUUUAUAAAAUAAAAAUAUAUAAGGAAAUAUAUAAUAAAAUUUAAAUAAUGCAUUUUCAAGUUUAAAUGAAAGAGAUUUAUCUAAUAUAUAUUAAUAAUAAUAACCUAUAUAAUAAUAAUAUAUAUAAAUUGAUAACAGAUAAAAUAAUAUAUAGUAAAAUAUAUACUCAGGUAAAGAAAAUAUUAAUAUAAUAGGUCAUUUAGAAAACUAAAUAGAAGAUUAGAGAAUUUUAGGUUUACAAUAUAAAGAUAAUUUUUAAAAAAAUAUAAGAAAUCUAAAAUAAAAUAUAUAAGAAAAAGCUUAAAAAAAGUAAAUAUAAGAAGAAGAAUUUUAAGAAUUAUCAAAUUAUAAUAAUAUACUAAGAUAAGAUUUAUUAAAAACUGAGAGAUAAUUAAAGGAUUAUGAAAAUUAAAAAUAACAAUAAUAAUACAAAAUGCAUGAAUAGCUAAAAUUAUAAGAAAACAAAAUAAGAGAACUCGAUAAAUAAUUCUAAAGUGAACUUUUAAACGUAGCUGACGAAAAUAUUAGAAAAGCUAAAGAAAUAGAUUUCGAAAACACCGAAAAAUGUGAAGAAAUACUUUAAAACCUUCGUUUAAAAUCUAAACACUGUGACGAAUCUCUUUUCGAAAUUAACAAAUUAAACGAUUAUAUUCUAAAAAAAGAAUACGAGACCAAAGAUGAUGCUAAAGAACUCGUAGAAAAAUUAAAAGAGAGUACAUAUUAGUAAUAUUUAUAAUAAUUUAACUUACUAGAGAAGAAUAUGAACAAUAUAGAGCAAGAAAAGUUUUAAAACGAGAGAAAAACACAAGAAUGUAUAUAAAAUCAUCUAUAGCAUUAUAAAGAAACAAUGGAAAAUAUUAACGAGAUAUAUUAUUAGUUAAGAAGAUUAAAAGUAGAAAAUGAGAAUUUAAAUUUAAAUAACGAAGAAUUCGAGAUGUAUAUAGAAAAACAAUGUCAUGAUAUAGAAAAUAAGGAAAAUUUAAUUUCUGAAUUAGAAAAAGAAUUAAAGAAAUAAAAAGAUUAAAAUGAUGAAACUGAAUAAAAAGAAUAAAUAGACAAAUAAAAUUUAGAAGAUAAUUUUAAUGUUUUUAGAGAUGAAUUUUAGGAAAAAAAUUAACAAAAUAAAGACAGAAUUUAACUUCUCGAGAAAAAAAUGAGGGAAAAAAAUUCAGAAAAUAUUAGAUUAAGAACCGAUUUUUAAAGAUUAUAGGAAUUAUUAACUUCGAAUUUAUAAAAAAGUACUUAUUAAGCUUUUACAGAGUAGAAAGUUUUAUGA